AUACCCUGUUCCAGUUGAAGUUCACAGCAAAACAGUUGGAGAAGUUGGCCAAAAAGGCUGAGAAGGAUUCUAAGGCUGAGCAAGCCAAAGUCAAGAAGGCUCUUCAGCAGAAAAAUGUGGAGUGUGCUAGGGUCUAUGCUGAGAAUGCAAUCCGUAAAAAGAACGAGGGCUUGAACUGGCUUCGGAUGUCUUCCCGUGUAGAUGCAGUAGCCUCCAAAGUCCAGACUGCCGUGACCAUGAAGGGGGUGACUAAGAACAUGGCUCAGGUGACGAAGGCCCUGGACAAAGCCCUCAAUACCAUGGACCUGCAGAAGGUAUCUGCCGUAAUGGACAAGUUUGAGCAGCAGGUUCAGAAUCUGGAUGUUCAUACUUCGGUAAUGGAGGAUUCAAUGAGCUCAGCUACCACACUGACCACACCUCAGGAACAGGUGGAUAGCCUUAUUGUGCAGAUUGCUGAGGAAAAUGGCCUGGAGGUCAUGGACCAGCUUAGUCAGCUUCCUGAAGGGGCCUCUGCUGUAGGAGAGAGCUCUGUGAGGAGCCAGGAAGAUCAACUAUCUCGAAGGUUGGCGGCCUUGCGGAAUUAA